GCAGGUGUCGCAAAGUCGGAAGUGGUUUUGCCCGAGUAGUUCACUUACGGCUGAUGAAAGCUAAACAAAAGCAGCUGGACUGAAGAUUUGUUAAACAUUUAAACACAUAUAAGGAUUUUCUGCUCUUUCUGGAAGCCCUGCUCAGUUUGUGGACAGUAAAUAGUUACUGUUCGGGUCGAUACCAUGGAAACAGAUGAGCAGGCCCGGCACCGCUUCCAGGCCGAGCUGGAGUUUGUGCAGUGUUUGGCAAAUCCGUACUACCUGAACUUUCUGGCUCAGAGGGGCUUCCUGAAGGAGCGACCCUUCAUCAACUACCUGAAGUACCUGCUGUACUGGAAGGAGCCAGAGUACUCCAAGUUCCUGAAGUACCCCCACUGCCUGCACAUGCUGGAGCUGCUGCAGUACGAGCACUUCAGGAAGGAGCAGGUCAACGCUCAGUGCGCCAAGUUCAUUGAUGAGCAGCAGCUGCUGCACUGGCAGCAUUACUCCCGCAAGCGCACGCGGCUGCAGCAGGCGCUGGCUGAGCAGCAGCAGGCGCAGCAGCCGCCACAGCCGCACGGCAACGCCGCAGCUAAGUGAGAAUGGAGAGGAGGAGCUUCAGGUGACGCCCAAGAAAAUCUUUUUCUUCAUCAUAACGUUCUCUCAGAUGAGGCUGUGAUGGAUGGAAGCCGCAGCAGAGCUUCCUGAGAGCUGGACAGACUGUUCCUGGAUCAGACUGCAGUCAGGAUCCAACCUGGAACAUUAUCACGAACAUUAAUGUGAAAUAUUCAUCCACAAGAUUGUUUUUUGCAAAAAUAAACGUUUUUUUUGUCUGUUCUA